AUGAAAGGAAUGGGAUCUAGUGUUAAAUGGCCAAGAAAGCUUAAUGUCGAAGCAAGGAGAGACACAACCAAGUGGUGCAAGUUCCACGACUACCAUGGACAUAACACCCUGGACUGCAUUGCUCUACAGUUGGAGGUCGCUGUGCUAUUGAAGAGGGGAUAUCUCCGAGAUCUGUUGACAGAUAAAGGGAAGAGUACCAUCAGCCAGAAAAGCACGAAAGAAACAUCUCCACCUCCGCGGGAACCAACGCUAAAAGGAUUCUACAAUAUCAUCUUAGGAGGGUCAAAGAUCAGUGGUGUCAGCUACUCCUCAGCCAAGCGCUACGCCAGAGCCAACAACAACCAUGAAAUCCAGUAUGUACACCCGCCUCUACGGCCACACUCCCAUCAUGUAAUUCAAUUUGAAGAUGACGAGCCAGUCACCUUGGCUGCCCCUCAUCAUGAUGCCCUAGUCGUCUCCCUCUAG